AGCGAGACGCGCUGCGGACGGAUUACACGCGCCAUGAUUUGGGUCACGCUCACUAUCGCCGCUGUCCUCCUCUACUUGAUUUUCACUAAACGGUCGAGGUCUAAGAGGGAUCCUCCCUUAGACAAAGGAGUUAUUCCAUGGUUAGGCCAUGCACUUGAAUUCGGAAAAGAUGCCGCCAAGUUCUUGAGUCGAAUGAAGUUGAAGCACGGAGACAUUUUCACGGUGCGUGUGGCCGGGCGUUAUGUGACCGUGCUGCUGGACCCCCACUCAUACGACGCCGUCAUCCAGGACCCCGUUUCCCUGGACUUCACCCGCUACGCACAGCUUCUCAUGGACCGCAUCUUCAGCCUGGAGCUCCCCCAUCACAAGCCUGCUAGGGCCAAGACAAUGAUGGAACAGUACUUCCAGGGGGCCAGUCUAAGCUGCCUUACCGGCACCAUGCACAAGAACCUCCAGGCCUUGCUGAGAGCGGAGACGCCCCAGAAGGAGACGGACUGGAAGGUGGAAGGACUGUUCGGUCUGUCGUACAGCCUGCUCUUUAGGGCCGGCUACCUCACGCUUUUUGGAGGGGAGCAGAACAACAACGGGACAGACCCGGCGCAUGUCUAUGACGAAUACCGCAAAUUCGACCGCCUCUUGACUAAAAUGGCGAGGGCCACCCUGAAACCAGAGGAGAAAAAGACGGCCCAGAGGGUGCGGGAGACUCUUUGGGAGCUCCUGGCUUCAGCCGGGCUGGCGGAGGACUGUGGGUCCAGCCCUUGGCUUCACAGCUACAGGCAGCUCCUGCAGGAGGAAGGGGCCGACGAGGAGGCGCAGAAGAAAGCUGUGCUGCUGCAGCUCUGGGCCACACAGGGCAACGUCGGUCCCACUGCGUUUUGGCUCUUGGGUUACCUGUUGACACAUCCUGAGGCCCUGGUGGCUGUGAAGAGGGAAUUCGGCAGCAUCUCCCAGAAUUCUCUGCUGGACAGACACGCACAUACCCCCAUGUUUGAUAGCGCCCUGGAAGAGACGCUGAGACUCACUGCUGCUCCCUUCAUCACCAGAGAGGUGGUGCAGGAAAAGACCCUCCACAUGGCCGACGGCCGGGAGUACCUGCUUCGGAAGGGAGACCGAAUUUGCUUAUUCCCCUUCAUCAGCCCUCAAAUGGACCCUGAGAUUCACCAUGAACCGCAGAAAUACAAGUAUGACCGUUUCCUGAACGACGAUGGAUCAGAGAAGAGGGAAUUUUACAAAGGAGGGAGACGGUUGAAGUAUUCCACGAUGCCGUGGGGUGCAGGAACCAAUGGCUGCAUAGGGAAGCAAUUUGCCAUAAAUACCAUCAGACAGUUUGUCUACAUGGUUUUAUCGCUUUACGACAUAGAGCUUUGUGACCCAAAUGCUCAGAUGCCCAAGGUAAACACCGAUCACUAUGGAUUCGGCAUGCUGCAGCCAGAAGGAGACUUACUCAUCCGGUCCAAACGUAAACAUUUGCAGUAGACCCGGGGGUGCUGACGAUCAAACGAGCAACGUGUUACACACAAUCUGGUGCACUUUUCAACAUUUUCUUUUUUUGUGAACUUCCGAGGUUCCUGUUUUGUGUUCUAUAAUGUCUGAUGUAACCUGCUACCUUCUCUUAACUGUGAGACCCACACCGAGCAUAAUAAUUAAGAUGCACAUAUCUGGCGUCGCUACGUUCCCGAUGAGGUUCUGAUCAUAAUUAGACAGCUAAGAUGGACUCAGUUAGAAAGCGGAAGUUAUGGGCGUCCGGGUGUUGCCUACCAACACGGAGAUCGCUGGUUCGAAUCCCCUUGUUACCUCCGGCUUGGUCGGACGUCCCUACAGACACAAUUGGCCGUGUCUGGGGGUGGGAAGCCGGAUUGUUGGUAUGUGUCCUGCUCGCUACACUAGCGCCUCCUCUGGUCGGUCGGAGCACCUGUCCUGGCGAAACUCGUCACUGUCGGGUGAAAAGAAGCGGCUGGCGACUCCACAUGUAUCGGCGGAGGCAUGUGGUAGUCUGCAGCCCUCCCUGGAUCGGCAGAGUUCGAAAGGGUGGAGCAAUUGGCAGGGUACAAUUGGGGAGAAAAAAAAAGGGGGGGGGGGAAGCUGACGUUAUGAUUGGACCAACUUUGUGAAUUGCAAAAAUGUACAACCGAAGCGCGUGGUGAUAGUAGCUUGAAAGCUUAGCAAAAUUGUAAAUUCCAAGGAGGGCUUAUCUUCAUGAGCCUGAAAGGGCCCACUGCCACUAGGAUGGGCUGAAGCUGCAGUAUGCAAGGGGCAAGUCUUUCUUAUAUCUCUGAUUAACUAAGCUCUCAGCGCUCUUAUCCAACACUGCAUCUGAAACUCUGAAUUUAACGAACCUCUAGAUCAUGAACAUUUGAUCACUGGUGCUACCUGUCUACUUCUGUACCCAAAUGCUGUCACUGAAAGGCUCUGAUGUCGCACCCCCCUUAUUGACAGCCCUCCAAACUGUAUUAUUCUCUGUGUGGGUCCCCGCUUUGAGAAGCUCCCAACUCGUCACUUUGAUGCUUGCUUUGAGCUAGCCAGCACUAAUCUUACUAAGAAUCUACCUCAAACACGACCAACUUACUCUGGCACCUUCAGCCUCCAACUUUCUUCUGCGUUAAAAAGUCAAAAGAUAAUCUCAGGCUUAGAUUUCUAAAGGUCACAUGCAGAAGAACCCAGCCUCCGUUCAGUUUAGUCAUUCUUUUUGAAGGCCACUAUCGAACCAUGACGUCUCACUGUCGGUGCCGGCCGGCCCUGAAUGUCACAUCGAGCCUUGCCGCUGGCUCGGAUGCCAGUCCGCCUGCCCAGAACGAUGGCAAGGAUGCUGAUCUGGUCCAGUUCAGCUCGCUGCUGCCCGACAAUUUGCUUCUUGCUAGUGGACCAGUGGGUAAACACACUUUUCCAUGCUUAGUGUGCAAUUGUCCUCCAUGCUUAAUUGAAGUAUUGAUUAGCAGAAGUAGAGCUAAAAAGCACUCCUGCCUGGCCUCUACGUUCCCUGCUCCAUUCAAGGCCUUUUAGUCGGCUGUCUUUCAUCACGGCCCAUGUAUGUGCAGGUGCCUCGACAAACACGCUUAGCUAACUGUUACACACCUUAGCACCUAUCGGCUAAGACGAUGUUGUAACGAUAGAAUUGUUAUAAUUUGUGUAACAUAUUGACACCGUAAAUCUGUUACAUAUGCCGUAAUGUUACCUUUGUCAGAGUAUGUGACAUACGUCUUCCUUCUGAUGUUGCAUUUGUUUGCAGUGAAUUUCAGCAAUUUACUUUCAUUUAAUUGCUCUUAUAAAUAUAUUUUGACUAUUUAUUUUUGUAUUUGUAUUUUUACUUAUUUUCAUUUACAUGUUCAUAUGGUUGCUUUUCUCCAUGUAUAGUGUGUGCCACCUGUAAAGUAAGUUAAUACAUUACUCUUAAUAAGACCAUGACGCCUGUGUACUCGUGUGGUGUGACUUUAAUUGGCUGGGCGCGUCAGUGUUAAGAGUCAGACUCCGCACACCUUUAGAUUAUGAGGCUGACCUGAAUAAACGAGGCCGUCUUUCCGGGGAAUGUGGUGCCCAGAUUAUCAGUCUUAAUCCCUCAGUCGCUAACGCUCUCGGUCACUCUUCUCCUAAAGAGAGUCUAAACAACAUCAACACGCCACAGUAUGUUUAUGUAAUCUAAAUUCCAAUGUAUAUGAACUCGUCAUGCUGUAGAAACUCUCUUAGACAAUUUGGGUAAAAAGCUCAUUUAAUUUGAUCCAUGAGAACCAUGCAUGUCUUAGUUUUAGUCACCACUUCCGGUGUGGGACGAUGGCGGCGCGAAUCUACCUUCGCGACGGCUUCAUCCAGUAGCGUCCAUGCAGGGUAUUUGUCCGUGUCUGCGUCUAAAUUUGUCUUGGUUUGACGGCUGGGAGAGCUGGCGCUGGAUCGGCUGGGGGAGCCUGGUCUGCUGUGUCCUGUGGGCCCAGGGACCACGGCCCUGCCUGGAGCUGCGCCCGUAGAGCAAACAACGAGGGCGGUCUGACAGGACGCGGAAGCGGGGCAGGCUAAGCUAACCGCUAGCCCAUGCAGACCGGCAGUUCCGGUAACACCGAGGGCGGUCUGACAAGACGCGGAAGCGGGGCAGGCUAAGCUAACCGCUAGCCCAUGCAGACCGGCAGUUCCGGUAACACCGAGGGCGGUCUGACAGGACGCGGAAGCGGGGCAGGCUAAGCUAACCGCUAGCCCAUGCAGACCGACAGUUCCGGUAACACCGAGGGCGGUCUGACAGGACGCGGAAGCGGGGCAGGCUAAGCUAACCGCUAGCCCAUGCAGACCGGCAGUUCCGACAGUCCUCCUGGCUGGCGUUCCUUCUCCUGGACAGUGGUUUAUUGUAUUAUUGUUUUUAGUUUAGUGAUGUGUUCUUGCAGGUCGUGUAGGUUUUGGAUGUGUGUGUUUUUGUCUUUGUGUUGCACUGCUGUGGGCUGGGGGUAAACUGGUGAACCCACAACGUUUUGUGUUGUUUGUUUUUGUCUUUUUUUUUGUAAAAUUGGCCAAAACGAGGGGUGCCGCUGAGAGCUGGGCUGAAGCGAAGAUGUGUGCAGCAUUGCGCAGGGUGAUGGGGGUGGUGGGAAGUUCAUCGGGGGGGGGGGGGGUCGCCGUGGCUGUGCGUGUGCAGUGUGGUGCGGGAACUGGCUGUACUGUAAACACAGCCAGCCACACAUCUGUCUCCCUGACACGCCGCCGCUGCUGCUGUUGCUGUCUGCAGGGCGACGCCGAGCGGAACGUUUAGACUUAUCUGUCAUCUGGAAAACAACCGAUGACCAGUGGCGGCUAGCCAGUACGGGGCGGCGCCCCAACCCACUUAAACAUGUUUAGUUGUACAAUGCAAAUAAUGAUUAAAUAAAAGUGUUUGUCAGCCUGUGAGCGCCUGUCAGCAGCCAUUAAAUAUUG